UAGGUGGGCUUUUGUCUCCGUGAAUACACUUUACACUGCAAACUAGCUGCACCCAUGUCUGGAUGUGAGCAAAAAUAGGUGCUAAUAUAAUUAAAUUAUCUGGGAGUGAAGUGACAGUAGCCGUCUGGAUUGCCCACUAAAGGUUGUAUUAGGAAGUGAUAAAUCAUCACUUCAGUGGUAUCUUACAGAGAGAAGUUCUCAAAUCCAUGGAAAAGGGCAACGGGAGGUCACCGCAUGUAAAUAGUAUUUAUGUAGGGGGUUCAGGGAGAUGCAGCCUGAAUAGUCUACCGAGGGGGGAGUGGCUGGAAAGCAGUAAAUCACCGCUUGAGUGCUGGCUUGUGUGUCUCUCAGAACUGCGCCUGCAGCUGCUGAGCUGUUGCACGCAGUAUACAGAGCUCUAGGCUGCUCAAUUAGAACUUCAAAAGACUAGAAGAAUUCUGGUCAGCCAAAGUGGUUCUGGUUUAGCUGUGAGAUCUGAUUGAGAGCUGCCAGUGUCUGUCUGCCUUCCCGAACCGAUCUGGCUCCGAGAUGAAGGGUAUGCUGCACUGAUCUGAAAGUGUGCGAGUACUCUUCAGAGAGAGCUGAGAAUGAUAGCUGCUGGAAAACUUGCAAGUCUCCCCAGAAAUAUACAGGUGAACCAUCAGUUCUCCCUGGCUUCUUCUAUGGAUCUUUUGAGCAGCAAACCUCUUCUGACUGAGCAUCGCUUAGACUCCUAUCAAGAUAUUUCUAUCCAUGGCACUCUCCCUAGGAAGAAAAAGGGGACCAUUCCCAUUAGAUCUUGUGAUAUGUUUAGCCAUAUGGGAACCCUGCCAUUGUCCAGAACACAUAGGCAGCAGUCACCUUUGAUUCAAGAUGUCCUAGAGGAGUAUCCCCUGCAAGACAGGAAGAGUGAGAAACUCCACUUCAGAGGUCAGAAUAUCCUGGAUCCAGCUAUGGAAUAUGUGAAGUUUUCUAAAGAGAGGCAGCUUAUGGACAACACCCCAGAAAAGCUGAAGAAAGAGUUAGAGGAAGAGCUACAGUUGAGCAGCGAAGACUUACGUAGCCAUGCUUGGUACCAUGGACGCAUUCCUCGGCAGGUGGCAGAAAGCCUAGUUCAGAGAGAUGGAGAUUUCCUGAUUAGGGAUUCUCUCUCCAGUCCUGGAAACUUUGUUCUUACCUGUCAGUGGAAAAACAUCUCUCAACAUUUCAAAAUCAACAGAACAGUCCUCAGACUCAAUGAAGCCUACUGCCGUGUUCAGUAUCAGUUCGAACUUGAAAGUUUCGACAGCAUCCCUGGGUUAGUGAGAUGUUAUGUGGGGAAUCGCAGGCCAGUAUCAAAGCAGAGUGGAGCAAUUAUUUUUCAGCCUAUCAACCGGACCAUGCCACUGAGAUGUCUCGAGGAAAAGUAUGGAGUAUCUCCAGUUCGACAAAGAGAGUGCAAUAUCACUGAAGGAAAAACAGAGACUGCAAUAAGGCUGAGCCUCAGUAUAUGUGGCGUGCAGUCCCAGGAGCACAGCUUAACCAGAGGAAAUCUUUUAAGAAACAAAGAAAAAAGUGGUAGCCAGCCAGCUAGUUUGGAUCAUGUCCAGGAGAAAAGAUUCUCCCUAAAGGCUCACCAGUCGGAAAGCUACCUGCCAAUAGGUUCAAGGCAUCCAUCUCAGUUACCUGAAAUAGAUACAAGCCCAUGGUCAAAUUCCCCUGCAUUUAGAACAGGCAGUGAACCUACUCUAAGCCCCACAGUAGUUCGGAGGGUCGCUUCCGAGUCGCCAGUAGGAGAAGCUCUUAGAGGAUCAGACAGCCAGCUCUGUCCCAAGCCUCCACCUAAACCCAACAAAGUGCCCUUGCUGAGGCAACCUCAGUCUCCUUUAGCUUGGCACAGUUCAGAGGCACACUACUGUGAAUUAAACCCUGCCACUUCCAUAGACCGUGGAGCAACACAGCAACCUCUGUCUCAGAAGAGCAGCUAUGUGGAGCAUCUGAUAGCUAAAGAGAAUGGAUUGCUCUCAUUCAGGAACUCUGAAACAAGUUAUCUGAUCCAUGAAGAUGAUGCCUUACAGAGCUCAAUGGAUCCAUUAGCAGCUUGGUCUGAGAUGGCUGAAGAAGGCAGCCUGUUUGUAGCACCUGUUCUUGAGACAGUAUCCAGUUUUAAACCAAAUGAUUUUGAAUCCAAACUUCUUCCUCCUGAAAACAAGCCACUUGAAACACCAAUGUUAAAAAGAGUUAAGGAGCUAUUCACCAACAGCAAUCCAAAGAUUAUUGCCCGGCAUAUGCUUAGAAUGGACUGCAAGGUUGCUAGGAUACUAGAGGUCUCUGAAGAGAUGAGGAGGAGGAUGGGAGUGAGCUCAGGUCUGGAGCUCAUUACAUUGCCCUAUGGACACCAAUUGCGCUUGGACAUAAUUGAAAGGCACAACACCAUGGCAAUCGGAAUAGCUGUGGAUAUUUUGGGCUGCACAGGAAACUUAGAAGAGAGGACUGCAACCUUAAACAGGAUCAUCCAGGUAGCCGUGGAACUGAAGGACUCCCUGGGGGACUUGUACGCGUUCUCUGCUGUCAUGAAAGCACUUGAAAUGCCACAGAUCGCAAGGUUGGAACAAACAUGGGUCGCUUUACGGCACCACUACACCCAAACUGCCAUUACAUAUGAAAAGCAGUUGAAGCCGUUCAGCAAAGCUCUGCAUGAAGGGAGAGAGACUGUGUGCACUCAACAAAACAACAUAACCGUGCCCCUGCUGAUGCCCUCGGUUACCUUGAUGGAGCGACAGAUUGUCAUUUUUGAUGGGAUGGACCUGUGGGAAAACACUGACCAAAGCUGUGAAAUAAUGCUCAAGCAUUUAGCCACAGCCCGUUUUAUAGCACAAAAUGCUGACAUGUACAGAAUGACUGCGGAAAGGAUACUGGAAGGUUUUCAGCCAGAUGAUGAGAUGAGUGAGAUCUUCAAGACUGAAUUUCAAAUGAGAUUGUUAUGGGGCAGCAAAGGAGCACAAGUUAAUCAGAGAGAGAGAUAUGAGAAAUUCAACCAGAUUUUAACUGCACUCUCCCGAAAAUUAGAACCUCCUCCAGUGAAACAGGUAGAGCAAUGAAAUAUCAUAUGGACCCUUAAGAUAUGAUUACUUCAGGUUUGCCAUUUAAAAGAAAUUGCCAAUUUGUCACUGUACAAGCUUCUAGCAUUCACAGGAUCUUUAGGGACUUGUAAAUUGCACAAUGCACAUUUAUGAAUUGUUUAAAAGCUACUGAUUUCUAAAUGAAUUUAUUUAAUAUGUAACUGUCAUUUUAAUAAUUUCUUGAACAGUCAAAUUUAAGAUAGUCUGCAUAAUGUAUUCUUGUGAUUUACAAAAGUGUCUAUUGAUGUCUGCUAGUCAUUACUAUGGGUGUUUUACUUAAUGUUAUCAAUAAUGAAACAGUGUACUGUAAAUAAAAGAGAUAGGUAUUUUAGAAAAUACCAGUUGUAUGAUAUUCCUUAAUGAAUACGAACCUGUACAUAGUUGUGAAUUAAAAUAUAUCUUUGUGAAAUACUGUACAGUGGGUCAUUGUACACUAUAAUCAAUCACAGGAAAUAAUGCGAUCUGUUAAGGAAAUGUGCUUUUUAUACUCUCCUGGCCGGCAGGGGGAAGGGCUGGUACUGGGGGGAUAGAAUAUUUCAAACUCUACCCUAAUCAAUCUCCUUUCACUUGCACCCAUGAGCUGAUACCUUUUGUCUCCCAGGAAAAUAGUAUUUAGAAGUUACUCUGGACUUUGUAAUGCACGAGAUACUAUUCAAGAGUGUUCUGGUUUGUUGUUCAGGCUCCAGUACAAACUAUGCCAUAUGCAUUGGAAAUGAGUGGGGGGGAAAAACCCCAAACAAGGGGAUGAGAAGAACAAAUAGCUAAGAUAAUUAAAAUGUCUUCAACUUCACCAUCAGCUACAGGUUUGCACCUGUAUCUCAGGUCUUCUUCAGCAAACAGGAAGAAACAGAGGUUAGUAAGUAGUAGCUAGAUUAAUAUAUCAAUCUCUGCUGUAUAGAAUUAAGAGGAACUUUAUAAUCCGAUGGCGAAGUUCAAGUUUUUGAGGAACUAGUCCUGGAGAUACUAGAAAAGCUCACCUGUAAUAAAUCAUCAAUAUUGGAUGGUAUUUUAUGAAAUAGUGGAGACAGCAAAUUAGAGUAGGUGCAGCUGUGGCUGCAAUGUAGAUCUUGGCUGCUAAUAGGUUUUUCUUAACUGUUUUUUAAAUUGAUAAAUUCUAGAAAGGGCUUACUCAGAAGCCUCAUCUCCACUGUAAGAGUAAUAUACCUCUGCUAUUUUUUAUAGCAAUAUCUAUAAUGGUCAAAUGAAAUCAGCCUUCUACAAGAGAAACCAUCUCUAGUGCUUUAGGAUUAUUUCAGGAAGUUCAAAUAAUAGAUAAAAAUGACAGUCAGUCAAAUUUAAUUUACUUGGAUUUUCAUAAGGACCCCUCUAAGCAAUCAAGAAAAAUAAAUAACCACAACUUUUGUCACUGAGGCUAUGAUGCUGAUUAAAAUCUUACACUGAACUAGAAAUGUGUGUGGUGUUACACAAAUCCCUGCACUCAAGUUAGCUAGGUAAUUUUAUUACUGUUGCCUGUAGUUAAUUAUGCAAAUCCCCAAAUAAUUGUGUGGGGGGGGGCCCACAGGGGGACUAAGGAGGAAAAGCAAACUAAUAACUGACGUUAUUACAAGGAAAUCACCUCUGUGCUGCUCCAGGGCCACACUUAAAUAUAAACAAAGCGCAAUGCAGUUUUGGACAUUUUUGUAAAUCACACGCUAUACGAGUCACAAACAGGCCCUCUCCUCCACUGAGACCACUACCUGGCACACUAACUGUCUCCACUUGCUAAAGAAAGCAAGUUAAUGACCUUUUUGGCAUUUUAAAUGAUAGGACCAAAAGCCAAAUAGAAACACAGUGAUAAUGAAUUACUGUAGUGUGAGGGAGGCAUUAAUAUGAUUAUGGUAGAUUGUGGAUGACUAGCUAGAAGAAUUGCACUAAUGUCUCAAUGCAUGUAAAAACUUAAAAAUCCCUCCUGCGGAGAGGGAGAAGAAAUAUUCCUGUGUAUUGCCUUUGAAAGCAAUUGAGACACCCUUGAGAGGCAUAUGCUAUAAAUCCUGAGAUUGAGCAAUCUAUUUUAGUAAAGAAACAUUUUAAUCUGUCCCAUCAAAUGGCAAACUCAUGCUUUAAUCAGUUGGGAAGGCCUCUGAUAUGGCCACAUUUAAAAAAAGGUUAAAAAAGCUUAUGUUCAAGACAGGUUUGCUAUUGGCACCAUAAACCUCAUAAUAUAUACACACACAUACACAGAGGGUGUUUCUUGUGAUAUGUAACUUUCAAAUACAAAUUGUUAUAUAAAUAAAAGUAUAGCCACAAGAGUCACUUUGUGGCAUAUAGAGUCACUGCCCUGUAUAUAUUUCAGCAACACAGAGCCAGAUUCAGCCACUUUUGUUCCUCAUGCCACAAGUAGGCCUAAUGAAGUCACUGCAACUACUUGCAACAUACCACUCUAAGUACAUAAGGGUGACAAAAUGUGGCCCUCUAUUAACGUAUCAGUAUAAAAAAUUUAAUAGAUGUACAGGGAUGGUUUUGUAACAGAAGACAAAAAGGAAGCUAUCUUGACCAUGAAAAGUUUUUAUUCCAUUAAAAUAUUCUCAACAGAGAACACUAUUUUUAAACAAAGCAUUUAACAUUUAAGAAAUUAAGAUGUGCACAAAAAGAUUAAAAAUUACUGGAAAAUGUAAGAUUAAGACAAUUCAUGUUCAAAAUUUCAGAAUGAGUUAGAACUAGCUGUGCAAGUACAAAUUUUCCCCCUAUAUUUAAUAAUCCUCAUACAGGUUGCACUAUCCCUCAUGAAAGCAAUUUGCCUCCAAAGGAAGCAAAUUCCACUUUUAGAAAAACAAACAGUAGCAUGAAAAGAACAGUUAGUUCUUUACCAGGAAGUGUUACCAGUGACCUCUGAGGCUUCUAGCCACGUAAACCAAAGGCUUCUUAGCCAAAAUAUCAGCUCACAUUUCCACCUCUUCUCUAACUUUAAAAAAAAAAACUACAUUAUGUAGUUUGUCAGUAUUGAAUAAUGUCACCUUAUAUAAAUAACCCUGUAUACAAUAUCCAAAAAUCUAAACUUGAGUUUAAUAGCCCCCAAAUGUAAUACACUAGGUCAGCUGUGUAAUAGUGGUAUACAUAACAAAGGAAUACACUUCCACACAAGAAAUCACUCAGAUUUAGUAUUACUGGUAGUACAAUUUCUAACAACACUGAAUUUUUCAUUU